AUGACUCAAAACUCAAGCCAAGGAAGCCAAAAGACAAUAUUUCAACAGAAGGAUCUCGAAAAGUCUCACGACCUUCUUACAUGCACAAUCAAGGAACCGCCAUUCUCAUAUGCACACCUCCAGCUUAUUACAGAUGCUCCCAGCAGUUCAUCAUCUGUCACAUUUGACAAUCUUUCGCUAAAGAGCUACUGCACAGCUGCCCUCCGUCAAUUCCUAGGAAUAACAGGAACGGCAAUUUCUAUCGAUAUUCUCAAAGUUGAAAACAGUCAUGCCUGGGUCCGUCUUCCAAGACCAGACCUCGGCUCUUUUGCAGCAGCCAUCACAGCAUGGAAAGGCACAAACGACAAUGGCGAGCAAGUAAGCCUACAACUACGACAAUGCUCAGAAUGGCUAGGCGCCAUGGCUGGAGCGGACGGACAAGAUCGACUAUGGAAUGCUUGA